UGCCAAGAGCGCCCGUACGUCACUGCUCUGCGCCGGAAGACUCUUUUCGUGUUCUCUUCCCUCAACACUCUUCCCUGGCAUCAUAGAUCCCGGGAUGAGCCGGAAGAGGCAUCGGCUGGUCCCGGAGACCUUUGGGUUGAAGAGGCGGCGGGAACGAGGGCCUGUGGAGGAGCAUCCUUUGAGGGGCGAGUCAGGGUCGGCGCGCGCGGCCGUCGCGGAGCUAGUGCAGCUGUUCCCGCGAGGCCUGUUCGAGGAUGCGCUGCCGCCCAUCGCGCUGAGGAGCCAGGUGUACAGCCUCGUGCCAGACCGGACGGUGGCUGACCGGCAGCUGUUUUUCCUUUACUUAGAGAAAAACUCCCCAAUACUAGCAAACAAAAUCUCCCUGCUCAAAAGUGUCCAGAGUGUAGCAGAACAUCUUAUGCUGACACCUUUCUUUUCACUCCCAUCUCUCUGGAGACAGAAGGAGCUUCAAGAGCAGGGGGAGAUCAAAAUCAUCCAGCUAGGCUUUGACUUGGACGCCCAUGGAAUUAUCUUCACUGAGGACUAUAGGACCAGAGUCCUCAAGGCCUGCGAUGGCCGAUCGUAUGCUGCGGCAGUGCAGAAGUUUCUAGCUUCAGUGCUUCCAGCCUGUGGGGACCUUAGCUUCCAGCAAGACCAAAUGACACAGACCUUUGGCUUCAGGGACCCAGAGAUCACGCAGCUGGUGAACGCCGGGGUCCUCACCGUCCGAGAUGCUGGGAGUUGGUGGCUAGCUGUGCCCGGAGCUGGGAGAUUCAUCAAGUAUUUUGUUAAAGGGCGCCAGGCUGUCCUUGGCAUGGUCCGGAAGGCCAAGUACCGGGAACUACUCCUUUCGGAGCUCUUGGGCCGGCGGGCACCUGCCGCGGUGCGACUUGGCCUCGCCUAUCAUGUGCAUGACCUCAUUGGGGCCCAGCUGGUGGACUGUGUCUCCACCACUUCUGGAACCCUUCUCCGCCUGCCGGAGACGUGAGGAUUCUGCUCGUGCUUGCACAUCUUCCCAGAGUGGAGCAAGGGGGGCCCAGGAGUGCUGCCCAGCAGUGGCUGAGACAGGGUCACCUUGGGAAGACUUGGAAUCCAGGAUGAGUGUUGGGCUUGCAUCCACGCAAAGGGUCGGAAAUGACUGCUGCUGUUUACCUGGGCUCCGACCCAGUGGUGGGGUUUGGGCAAUGCUUCUCUGCCCUUCCAUGGAGGUGGAGCCAGAAUCUGUGCCAAGGCCAUGGCUGCUGCCUUUCAUGUAAACGGGUGCUGCUGUUACUUUGUCUGGAGAUACAAAGGUGGGGUUUCUGGGGAGGCUGGUGAAGGAGGGCAGGGUUCUCUUCCCUACAUGUUGGGUUGAAACUGCCAAAUAAAGUACUUCUGCCACUGAUA